AUGGCACAAUCAAUUGAGCUUACAGCCCCCAAUGGCACGAAAUGGACACAACCUACUGGUCUCUUCAUCAAUAAUGAGUUUGUUCCUUCCAAAUCUGGCUCCACGCUAGAAACGAUAAACCCAUAUGAUGAACUCGUUAUCGCAAAGGUCUCCGCUGGUAGCGAAGAUGACAUAGAUGCUGCAGUCACUGCAGCACGCACAGCGUUCAAGUCGUCAGCAUGGCGGGAUCUGUCUGCUGCCGAACGUGGCCAGCUGCUAUGGAAGCUCGGUGACCUUUGUGAGAAGAACAGCCAUAUCCUUGCUACCAUCGAUGCCUGGGACAAUGGCAAGCCCUACCAGCAAGCUAUGGACGAAGAUGUAGCAGAGACUAUCUCGGUUUUCAGAUAUUACGCUGGAUGGGCGGAUAAGGUCUAUGGACAGACGAUUGAGACAAGCAACGCAAAGCUGGCGUAUACGAAGCAUGAGCCUCUUGGCGUGUGUGGACAGAUCAUACCGUGGAAUUUCCCCGUCAUGAUGGCUGCCUGGAAGCUCGGCCCAGCACUGGCUUGUGGUAAUACUGUUGUGCUUAAGCCGGCAGAGCAGACACCUCUCAGUGCCCUGUUCCUUGCGAGUCUAAUCAAAGAGGCUGGCUUUCCUUCAGGUGUAGUCAACAUCGUCAACGGCUAUGGCAAGGGCGCUGGUUCGCGGCUUUCUGAGCACCCACACGUCGACAAGAUUGCCUUCACUGGAAGCACCAUUACUGGCCGGAGUAUCAUGAAAGCUGCUGCCAAUAACCUGAAGAACAUUACUCUGGAGACCGGCGGCAAGAGUCCUCUUCUGGUAUUCGGCGACUGCGAUCUCGACCAGGCUGUAAAUGGCCAAGUUUGCACCGCGACGUCGCGUCUCUUUGUCCAAGACACCAUCUAUGACAAGUUCCUCGAAGCUUUCAAGAAGCAGACCAAAGAAAACACAAAGAUUGGGUCGCAGUUUGAUGCUGACACCAACCAUGGACCUCAGAUCAGCAAAGCUGCUCAACAAAAGAUCCUAUCCUACGUCGAUACAGCGAGAUUGGAUGGGGCGGAGCUCAUCUAUGGCGGCAAGCAAGACGGCGUCCCAGAGAAGGGAUAUUUUGUUGAGCCGGCCGUCUUCGCUAAUUGUAGCAAUGAUAUGAGGGUUGUACGAGAAGAGAUCUUCGGUCCAUUUGUGGUCAUCCAGAGCUUCAAGACAGAAGACGAAGCGGUCGAGAAGGCGAACGAUACCGAGUUUGGUCUAGGUGCGGCUGUGUUUACCAAAGAUAUUAUGAGGGGACACCGUGUUGCAGGUGCAAUUGAGGCGGGUAUGGUUUGGAUCAACAGUUCUCAAGACUCGCAUUUCGGUAUCCCAUUUGGUGGAUACAAGCAGAGCGGUAUUGGUAGGGAGCUCGGAGCGUACGCGUUAUCUUCCUAUACUCAGGUCAAGGCUGUACACGUCAAUCUGGGGACUUUCUUGUAG